AUGGAGAAAGACUCUCUUGUCCUGGUCACCGGCGUCAAUGGCUACCUUGCCUCAGCAAUCGCCAAUGAAGCACUCGCGUCUGGUCUCCGUGUCAGGGGCACCGUUCGUAAUGUCAGCAAGUCCAAGUGGCUACAGACCUACUUUGACAAGCACUUCGGUCCGGACAGAUUUGAGCUGGUUGCUGCCGACAACUUCGAAAACGAGGGAGCCUUGGAUGGUGGUCUCGAUGGAGUCUCAGGCAUAGCCCACGUUGCAAACACCGGCCUCUCACCUGAUCCAGAACCAUAUAUCACGGACGUCGUCAACGCCCUAGUCAAUCCACUUCGCACUGCUGCCAAAACCCCAAGCAUCAAGCGAUUCGUUUACACUUCGUCAAGCAUGGCCGCAGCUCCGUGGAAGGUCGACGAAGAAUACACCCUUGGUCGCAAUGACUACAACGAAUGGGCGGCGAAGAAUGCUCGUGAACCGCCCUUCGAUGCCACCAAUAUCUUCACCAACUAUGCUGCUAGCAAGGUGGCCGCAGAGAAAGCCGCAUGGGCAUGGGUGAGGGAGGCCAAAGAGAAGGGUGAGCUGAAUUUCGUCUUCAGCACCGUCUUGCCCAGCGCAAACCAUGGCCCGGUGUUGGACCGAGAGGCGCAAGGUUGGCCCAGCACCGGUGGAUGGCCAAAGGCCUUCUAUGACGGACAGAUCGACCAAGUCAAGGCUGUACCCCCUCAACACUUCGUGGACGUCCGUGACACGGCAAAGCUGCACGUUGCGGCGCUGACGUUGCCCGAGGAUGGCAAUGUUGGCUCGCGUAUCUUCGGAUUCGGCUAUCCAUACAACUGGAACGACGUGCUCGCCAUUCUGCGCAAGCUGUAUCCCAACAAGACCUUCAUCGACGAUCUUCCAGGCAUUGGACGAGAUCUCAGCCAUGUUCCAAACGAGGGUGCAGAGGGAAUUCUCAAGUCCAUGAAGGGUGGUAAAGGAUUCACCACACUCGAAGAAAGCUUGAGGGAUAGCUUUGCCGACGUGAAGGCGUAA